CGCCAUGGGCGGCCUGGCCUCCGCGGGGGACGUGGAGCCGGGACUGCCCGUCGAGGUGCGCGGCUCCAACGGGGCCUUCUACAAGGGCUUUGUGAAGGAUGUCCAUGAAGACUCUGUUACCAUCUACUUUGAAAACAACUGGCAGAGUGAGAGGCAGAUUCCUUUUGGGGAUGUCCGGCUACCACCUCCAGCUGACUAUAAUAAAGAGAUCACAGAAGGGGACGAGGUGGAGGUAUAUUCUCGAGCCAACGAGCAGGAACCUUGUGGCUGGUGGCUGGCCCGGGUGCGGAUGAUGAAGGGAGAUUUCUAUGUCAUCGAAUACGCCGCCUGCGAUGCCACUUACAACGAGAUUGUGACCCUGGAACGGCUCCGGCCAGUGAAUCCCAAUCCCCUGGCAACCAAAGGCAGCUUCUUCAAGGUUACCAUGGCUGUGCCUGAGGAUCUGAGAGAGGCCUGCUCCAACGAAAACGUCCAUAAAGAGUUCAAGAAAGCAUUGGGAGCGAACUGCAUCUUUCUCAACAUCACAAAUAGUGAGCUCUUCAUUCUGUCGACCACAGAAGCUCCUGUGAAGCGGGCAUCCCUGCUGGGUGACAUGCAUUUCCGAAGCCUGCGCACCAAACUGCUACUCAUGUCCCGCAAUGAAGAAGCUACCAAGCACCUAGAGAUCACCUCUGAGAAUCAAACUGCUUUGCAGGGCAAAGUGAUUGGAAAGAACGGGAAAGUGAUCCAGGAGAUUGUGGAUAAAUCUGGUGUGGUGAGGGUUCGAGUAGAAGGUGAUAAUGACAAGAAGAACCCCAGGGAGGAGGGGAUGGUUCCUUUCAUAUUCGUGGGUACCCGGGAGAGUAUUAGCAACGCCCAGGCCCUGCUGGAAUACCAUCUCUCCUACCUGCAGGAGGUGGAGCAGCUCCGCUUGGAGAGGCUGCAGAUUGAUGAGCAGCUUCGGCAGAUUGGGCUGGGCUUCCGCCCUCCCGGGAGUGGGCGGGGCAGCGGUGGCAGCGACAAGGCCGGAUACACCACGGACGAGAGCUCCUCGUCCUCCCUCCACGCUACGCGAACCUACGGGGGCAGCUACGGGGGCCGCGGCCGGGGCCGGAGGACAGGCGGUCCCGCCUAUGGCCCCAGCUCGGACCCAUCCACAGCUUCUGAGACGGAGUCAGAGAAGAGGGAGGAGCCUAACCGAGCUGGGCCAGGUGACCGGGAUCCCCCAACCCGGGGGGAAGAAAGCCGGAGGCGGCCGAUUGGGGGCCGGGGUAGGGGACCCCCACCUGCCCCCCGGCCCACCACGAGAUACAACGCUUCAUCUAUCAGCUCAGUGCUGAAAGAUCCAGACAGUAAUCCCUAUAGCCUACUGGACACAUCUGAACCAGAGCCCCCAGUUGACUCAGAGCCUGGGGAACCCCCCCCAGCAAGUGCCAGGCGCCGCCGCUCCCGCCGCCGCCGCACGGAUGAGGACCGGACUGUCAUGGAUGGAGGCCUGGAAUCUGAUGGGCCCAGCAUGACAGAGAAUGGUCUGGAAGAUGAGUCGAGACCCCAGCGUCGGAACCGGAGCCGCCGCCGCCGUAACCGUGGGAACCGGGCGGAUGGUUCCAUCAGUGGAGACCGUCAGCCAGUGACCGUGGCGGACUAUAUCUCCCGAGCCGAGUCGCAGAGCCGCCAGCGGCCCCCCCUGGAACGCACUAAAGCCUCAGAGGACUCUCUUCCAGGACAAAAGGGCGACUCUGUCAGCAAGCUUCCUAAGGGCCCCUCAGAGAAUGGGGAGCUCUCCGCCCCCUUGGAGUUGGGUAGUUUGGUGAACGGGGUUUCAUAAAACCUCCAGCCUGCAUCCCUCCCUUCUCCAUCUCGCUUGCUGCCCAACACCAUGGCCCUCCCAGGCCCGACUGACCUGCGCUGGAGCUGCUCUUAUCUAGGGGGGAGGGGGGUGGCACAGCAGCUUGGGUCCUCCCUCAACCUCCAGGAGCUAGUGGAGGGGUGUGUAACAGGGUCAUACCCCCCCCUCUUGUCCACCCUUCCCCAGGGUGAGGGAGCCUCUCUCCUUCCCCAUCAGACUGGAUGUGCCUUUAUCCUCUAAUGCCCCGAUCUCUCUGAACACCCCCAUUCUCCGCCUGCUGGUGCGGGGUGCUCCUUGACCCACCCGGAUUUGACCGUUCAGGGGGGCUCCCCUGCUAUCCCUCCUCCCAUCCUGUACCCCCCAUUUCUGGGGCCUCAUCACUGUGGAAGACGGGGAUAGUAAGGGUAUACGUGGGUGGGAGGCAUGGGGAAGGUUUUGGAGUAGAACCAGGGGUGUGUAUGAAGGGGGGUGACAAGGUCCCCCGGGGGAGGGGGGGACCAACCUUGUCUGGUGGAUGAGAAGGCGUAUUUAUUUUUCACUGUACAGUAUUUAAAAAGAGAAUAAAAAAAUCCAAAUGGCUCUGUGGUUCC